UUUGAAGAGCUCAACAUGGAUCUUUCCCGACAGUGUAUGGAGCCUGUCGAAAACUGUAUGAGUGAUGCUAAGAUGGACAAGACCACAGUCCACGAUGUUGUCCUCGUCGGAGGUUCCACACGCAUCCCGAAAGUCCAGCAGCUUCUCCAAGAUUUCUUCAACGGUAAAGACCUCUGCAAGUCUAUUAACCCUGACGAGGCUGUGGCUUAUGGUGCAGCAGUUCAGGCAGCGAUUCUAAGCGGUGAUCAAGGCGAUGAAAAAUUGCAAGACCUUCUUCUCUUGGACGUGACUCCUCUUUCUCUUGGUAUUAAAGUCGUCGGUGGAGUCAUGACCACCUUGGUCCAGAGGAACUCGACGAUCCCAACCCACAAGGAGCAGGUCUUCACCACCAUCCAUAACAACCAGCCAGGUUUGUUGAUCCAAGUGUACGAAGGUGAGAGAGCUAUGGUCAAAGACAACAACCUCCUUGGAGAAUUCACGCUCUCUGGCAUCCCUCCUGCUCCAUGUGGUGUCCCUAAGAUCAUAGUGUGUUUCGACAUUGAUGCAAACGGCAUCCUCAAUGUCUCUGCCGAGGACAAGAGCACUGGCAAAAAGAACAAGAUUAGGAUCACCAACGACAAGGGUCGCUUGUCUAAAGACGAGAUCGAGAAGAUGGUGCAAGACGCUGAGAGGUACAAGUAUGAGGAUGAGGAGCACAAAAAGAAGGUCGAAGCCAAGGUUGCUCUUGAGAACUAUGCUUACAACAUGAGAAACACCAUCGGUGAUGCCAAUAUCGGUGCUGUAGACAAGAAGAAGAUUGAGGAUUUGGUUGAGGAGGCAAUGCAAUGGCUUGAGGGUAACCAGUUGCCUGAAGCAGACGAGUCUCAAGACAAGAUGAAAGAGUUGGAGAGUGUGUGCAACCCCAUCAUUGCAAAGAUUUAUCAAUGA